AUGGCGUCUUCCAAUGUCCUCACAGCUGCACCGUCCUUAGAUGUAGAAAUACCACCGCUACCGCUUUCCCCAUCACUUAAGCGUUCCAGAGGACGUCCUAAGAACGCAUCGCAAGCACCACAACAGCAACUUAUAAAGUCAAGAAGUCAGCUACAUCCGCGUCCGUAUCAAUCAUUGCCCGCCGAACCCGCGGUCAGGCUAGAUCAAUCGCUUGAUAGGUCGAUACCUUUGCAAUAUGUUUCCGAGUAUCAGAGUCAGGACCCCCCGGAUGCUGAGGAACGAUUCGUUGAUGACAUGAAUGACUGCUCAGGGAUUAAACCAAAAACGCUUGCCUCAUAUCAGCCCACCUAUCGUCUGUGGAAGGCAUUUUGUGAGAAAUAUCGCGAACGGUAUGCAGAUAAAGAUGGUCGUGCCCUAUAUCUGGUGGACUCACAGGAUAAAGUCGUUUGUUUUUUUCGAGAAGUCAUCCUCAAGAAGACUAUACUCAAGCGCACUAAACCAGGAGCAGAUUUCCGUACGCACCUUGCCGCUGAGGAGGAUUCUUCGGCUAUACACGGGGCUAGCCUAGUCGAAAUAAUAGAAGCUGCUCCAGUCGAUAAAACUGGUAAAAAAACCGUAUCGGUAUCACUCGGUACUGAGACUAUAAAGAUGGCUAAAAAGGCCCUGAUUCGAAUCCAUUCACUACAGGCCGAGCGAAACGAUGUGAGUUGGGAUCUUUCGCCAUCUCAAAUGAAGCUACUCCAAACCAUCCUUAUCCAGCAUAUAGAGAGUCUUCACACUCAUGUCGUUCGAUCGGGUGGCAGGCGUGAAGCAGGCUGUACACUUCGAGAUUCUUACACCCCCGUGCAGUUCCACAGUAUAUUGAUGGGACUUUGGACGAAGGAAAGACAUUCGCCAAACAUGCGAGCGCGUGAGUAUGAUACUAAUUAUCGGGACAUGUUCUGUCUAACUGCACGGCAUAAUAUGCUGCUUCGGGAUGAGGAUCUUCGAAACUUAAACUUUGCGGAUUGCUUCAGCACCAUCAUUACACAAAGAACUGAAGGAGGACAACAACCAAUUGGGCUCACCUUCAAAAUUAACAAGGGUAAGACCAACAAGAAUAAUGAAAACUGGUAUGCGUGUGCAUUGCGACAUGAAGAUGUACGUAGAUGCGUCUUUAGUGCUUUUGCCUUUUACAUGUAUCAACUUUGGCAAUAA